AUGCCCUCAUGCCCUCAUGCCCUCAUGCCCUCAUGCCCUCAUGCCCUCAUGCCCUCACGCCCUCAUGCCCUCAUGCCCUCAUGCCCUCACGCCCUCAUGCCCUCAUGCCCUCAUGCCCUCACGCCAUCAUGCCCUCAUGCCCUCAUGCCCUCAUGCCCUCAUGCCCUCAUGCCCUUAUGCCCUCAUGCCCUCAUGCCCUCAUGCCCUCACGCCCUCAUGCCCUCAUGCCCUCACGCCCUCAUGCCCUCAUGCCCUCAUGCCCUCACGCCCUCAUGCCCUCAUGCCCUCAUGCCCUCAUCCUUUCAUGCCUCAUGCCCUCAUGCCCUCAUGCCCUCAUGCCCUCAUGCCCUCACGCCAUCAUGCCCUUAUGCCCUCAUGACCUCAUCCACUCAUGCCCUCAUGCCCUCAUGCCCUCAUGCCCUCAUAACCUCACACCCUCACGCCCUCAUGCCCUCAUGCCCUCAUGCCCUCAUGCCCUCACGCCCUCAUGCCCUCACGCCCUCAUGCCCUCAUGCCCUCAUGCCCUCAUGCCCUCACGCCCUCAUGCCCUCAUGCCCUCACGCCCUCAUGCCCUCAUGCCCUCAUGCCCUCACGCCCUCAUGCCCUCAUGCCCUCAUGCCCUCACGCCCUCAUGCCCUCAUGCCCUCAUGCCCUCAUCCCCUCAUGCCCUCAUGCCCUCAUGCCCUCAUGCCCUCAUGCCCUCACGCCCUCAUGCCCUCAUGCCCUCAGCCUCACGCCCUCAUGCCCUCAUGCCCUCAUCCCCUCAUGCCCUCAUGCCCUCAUGCCUUCAUGCCCUCAUGCCCUUAUGCCCUCAUGCCCUCAUGCCCUCAUGCCCUCACCCUCAAGCCCUCAUGCCCUCACGCCCUCAUGCCCUCACGCCCUCAUGCCCUCAUGCCCUCAUGUAGUCCUCCCGUCAUGUACUCAUGCACUCAUGCACUCAUGCCCUCAUGCCCUCAUGCCCUCAUGCCCACAUGCCUCAUGCCUUAUGCCCUCAUGCUCUCAUGCCCUCACGCCAUCAUGCCCUCAUGCCCUAUUGCACUCAUGCCCUCAUGCCCUCACGCCCUCAUGCCCUCAUGCCCUCAUGCCCUCAUGCCCUCAUGCCCUCAUGCCUUCAUGCCCUCAUGCCCUCAUGCCCUCAUGCCCUCAUGCCCUCACGCCCUCAUGCCCUCAUGCCCUCAUGCCCUCACGCCCUCAUGCCCUCAUGCCCUCACGCCCUCACGCCCUCAUGCCCUCACGCCCUCAUGCCCUCAUGCCCUCACGCCCUCAUGCCCUCAUGCCCUCAUGCCCUCACGCCCUCUUGCCCUCAUGCCCUCUUCCCUCAUGCCCUCAUGCCCUCAUGCCCUCAUGCCCUCAUCCUUUCAUGCCCUCAUGCCCUCAUGCCCUCAUGCCCUCAUGCCCUCAUGCCCUCAUGCCCUCACACCCUCAUGCCCUCAUGCCCUCACGCCCUCACGCCCUCAUGCCCUCAUGCCCUCAUCCCCUCAUGCCCUCAUGCCCUCAUGCCCUCAUUCCCUCACACCCUCAUACCUCAUGCCCUCACGCCCUCAUGCCCUCAUGCCCUCAUGCCCUCACGCCCUCACGCCCUCAUGCCCUCACGCCCUCAUGCCCUGCCCUGCCCUGAUGCCCUCAUGCCCUCAUCCCCUCAUGCCCUCAUGCCCUCAUGCCUUCAUGCCCUCAUGCCCUCAUGCCCUCACGCCAUAA